AGGAAGUCCAAGAAUUUCUCCCAACAUAGAAUAGAUCCGACCUUGCAAUAGAGGAUUAAAGAACUGACAUUUUCCAAAUAAAAUAAACCCACCACCCUUUCACUCACAGUCAGCUGGGGAGACAACUACAAGAACAAAUUACUAAACUCACUAUGUCAAUUCUUGAAAUCUUUCCUUUUCUGCCCAAUAAAGACCAAUCAGAAACACUCAAACUCAGUAUCACUGAUCUUCAUAGGAAAUGGGUCGAAUUAGGCUUUCUCAAAACUUCCAAUCCCAUAGCUUUCGUCACUCCUCUACAUCAGUAUAUACCCAAUUGUCCAAAACUCCAAUCUUUUCACUCAAUUUCAAGAAUCCCAAAAAAACCAUCUCUGCUUGCAUGGCUGCAGCUAUGCCAACGUUGACACCCACAAAUUUUGGGUUCAAGAAUUUGAUGGAAACAGUGACUAUUGAUGUUCACAAAGCGGAAGGAAGACCACUGAAUGUGCCACUGAUUGCUCCUUUUACAAUCGCCUCAUCAAGAUUGGACAAAGUGGAAAACGUAGCUAUAAGGAUAGAGUUGAGUAAUGGUUGUGUUGGGUGGGGUGAGGCUCCUAUUCUUCCUUUUGUAACUGCAGAGGAUCAGCCCACAGCCUUAGCUAAAGCAGCUGAAGCUUGUGAGUUUUUGAGGCAGAGUCCUGAAAUGACUUUAAAUCUUGCACUAACAAAAAUUGGAGAUGUGCUCCCUGGCCAUGAUUUUGCUUCUGUCAGGGCAGGAGUUGAGAUGGCACUGAUUGAUGCAGCGGCGAACAGCAUUGGAAUACCUUUAUGGAGACUAUUUGGUGGAGUAUCUAAUUCAAUAUCUACUGACAUUACAAUUCCGAUAGUUUCACCCAUGGAAGCUUUUGAACUGGCUUCAAAGUAUCGUAAACAAGGUUUCAAGACCUUAAAGCUUAAGGUGGGCAAGAAUUUGAACGGAGACAUUGAAGUUCUUCAAUCCAUACGUGCAGCACAUCCUGAUUGCUUGUUUAUCUUGGAUGCUAAUGAAGGUUACACCGCACAAGAAGCUAUUAAAGUCCUGGAAAAGUUGUAUGAAAUGGAGGUGACACCGGUGCUCUUUGAACAACCUGUUCAUAGAGACAAUUGGGAAGGUCUUGGACAUGUUAGUCAGAUUGCAAAGGAUAAAUAUGGGGUAUCUGUUGCUGCUGAUGAAAGCUGUCGAAGUUUGGCUGAUGCUAAAAAGAUAGUGCAAGAAAGUCUUGCUGAUGUCAUUAAUAUUAAGCUUGCCAAAGUGGGGGUGCUUGGGGCUCUCGAAAUUAUUGACUUGGCGAGAUCCGUGGGCUUAAAUUUGAUGAUUGGUGGUAUGGUUGAAACCAGACUUGCCAUGGGCUUUGCUGGUCAUCUAGCUGCUGGACUUGGAUGUUUCAAAUUUGUUGACCUAGACACACCCCUUUUGUUGGCAGAGGAUCCAGUUUUUGGGGGUUAUGAAGUUUCUGGACCUGAUUACAACUUCUCGAAUGCUAGAGGGCACGGCGGUUUUCUUCAUUGGGACAGUAUAGCAUGAAAUUAGAAGUGGAGUCUGCUCUCUUCUCCAGAUUGUCAUUUGCAACAGCCAACCAUCCAUGAGUAUUAGUUGCUGUCAUUUUUGAACGUGUAUGUGCCAAUCGCUGAAACACAAUACUAAAAGAUCCAAUCUUUGGGGUGAACAAAUUUGUAAAUGCCUGAUUGUCUAUGAAAUUUUUGUUAGUGAGAACAGACUUGCUUGAUAUUCUCUUUGACAAUUUUAUGUCAACAGAUAUAGCCUGAAUCACUCUUAUUACUAAUUUGUUACUACUAGUAAUUCUUCUAAGCAUCUAUGUCUGGACAUAAACCAGACAAUUCCAAUGUAAAAGUGAAGGAUUAGGAACUCAAGAUAAGAUGUAUGCCUAAGUGUGGCAAUCAACUUGAAGCUAUAUAUGACCUC